AUGUCAAGCAAAGGAAAAGAGAUACGAAGAUCCACCGGUUUCCAUGGCGAUGGAGCAAUUAGCACUGAGGUAAGCAGCGAGGCCAUUGCUGGCGUGAUGUUGACCAUAGGAGAAGGUAGAGCUUAUGCUCUACUGGGCUUCAGCGAGGCAGAGGACACUAAGGGCCAUGGCAGAGUUGGCGAGGCUUGGGUCCUCGCGAGCCAAGGUGAUGAAGUGGGGGACCAAGAGGGCGAGCAUGAGGUGCCCUGGGUGCUGUCUGACGCGGCAAUCCAAGCUGAAGGAGGGCGACAACGCCAUGGGCGGUCAUCAGGUGCCGCUGGCCAUGGGUCAGGGAGUCGGAGGCAAAACGUAGCUGGGCGAGGUGCCCUUGGCGAUGAGCGAGAUGCAGUUAGGCAUAACGUCCUGUGCUCAGGCUUGGCGGUAAAGGUUGGGUACGGAGCUAGCAAGCCUGGUUCUGGAGUCAGAAG